GGCGCGGCGGGCCAGGAUGGAUUUCCAGCAGCUGGCUGACGUUGCGGAGAAAUGGUGCUCCAACACGCCCUUCGAGCUCAUCGCCACCGAGGAGACCGAGCGCAGGAUGGAUUUCUACGCCGAUCCCGGCGUCUCCUUCUACGUGUUGUGUCCGGACAACGGCUGCGGGGACAAUUUUCACGUGUGGAGUGAGAGUGAAGACUGCCUGCCUUUCUUGCAGCUAGCACAGGAUUACAUCUCCUCCUGCGGCAAGAAGACGCUCCAUGAAGUCUUGGAAAAAGUCUUCAAAUCUUUCAGACCUUUACUGGGGCUUCCGGAUGCAGAUGAUGACGCUUUUGAAGAGUACAGUGCAGACGUGGAAGAGGAGGAGCCAGAAGCGGACCACCCCCAGAUGGGGGUCAGCCAGCAGUAGACUUCCAAGGGCUCCCGCCUGAGAAGGAGCGUGAGCCCCGUGUACCUAGGGUGGGGUCGAGAGCUCCUGGGUUAGCAUUUUGCGUUAGCACUUCGAAACAGGACGUCUGACUCCCAGCAUCCAAAUUAAUAUGAAAUACCUUCUUAAUGACCACACAAUAUCUGGGAUGAGCUUUGCUCAGAAGUGACCUGAAUUUUACUCCCGUUUCAGUGGGUCUCUAUGGAGUUGUCUUGGUAGCCUUUGCCAGUUUGAAUUUAGAGUCCAUUCUGUGGCUGACUGUUCUCUCUUGAGUUUAUGUUGGAGAACUAACGUUUGCUGACUCGAAUGUUGAGAACUCUGAAUGUAUUAAGGGUAUGCGUUGAGUCAUCACAGGUGACGUUAUUGAGGGAAAGCAUGGCAGAGAAGAAAUGCAGUCUGCACUUUUAAUGUACCUUUUAAGUGUGUGUAAGUGGAAGGUUUUGCUUAUAAAGCAUGAGUUUUAAUAUCUAGUCAUUAAAACUGCCCAAGUGCGAAUACACGGGCAGAAAAGGAGAAUUACUUAAUUUUGGAUUAAGAGGGUAAGAGAGGCAAAGACGCCUUUGUUUAAGUGUUCUGCCAUUACUGAGUUACCUGGAUAUAGAGCAACUGGUUCAUGGUUAGGUAGAAACAUUACUUGCAUGUUCAAUUAUUUUAAAACAUGCUGAUUCCAAAGCCACAUUUAAAGUGGAGAAUAUAAAUGGGGUGACAUAAAUUAUUGAUUUCUUGAAAACGUUUAUAAGCCACCCCCAUAUGAAAUGAAACAUUUACCUUCUCUCCUUAUAACAAGAUGGCAACUUAUUAAAUUAUGAAAACAUCCCGAAUCCAAGUGCCACUUAAACUUUGAAGCCAUAGAUAAAUUUAAAAGGAAAAUAAAGCAGGAUAAAAAAAAUUUUUUUUAAUAUGAUGGAAUCCUUUACUUCCUUAAUUCAUCUCUUAUUCUUUCAAAAAAGUCAAGAAAAGGAUCCCACUCUAUAAUUUAUUUAAAAAUUGUAAUCAAGUGCUUUGAAGAACUCAACUGCAAUGAAGUCAUAAAGUGAUAUGAAGGUGGGACUUUCUAAAUCAUGGGUUAGCUUGGUUCAGUGGGGAAGUUUUAAUGAUCAAAAUAGUCAGACAACUCACAGAAACAACUGUGAUAAUAACUGGAAACACUGCUGUCACCUUUUGGCCACAAACACUGAGUGGGGAAAUUCUUUGCAAUGCUAACAUGGAAUUAUUUAGAACAUUCAUUUUUCUUAGACCCUUCUGCAUCUCUGGUUUUAAUAAAAGAUGCGGACUGCCUCUUUUACAACACUUGACAAAUCGUAACAUCUGGGGUGGAACUGUUGUUAACAUGCACACAUGUGCCUGUUGGGUUGUCAAAGUUUUAGAUUAAGAAAGCAGUGGUAGAGGCCACAGAGCUUAUGGGAGUCUUGUAUAUCUUCCAGGCAUGUCGGUGUAAACUUGAUUAUCUCAACAUUUUCUGUUUAAUUGAUUGGUGCUGUGAGGAGCGCAGCUGCUCGUGGUUAAAAUGGUGUCCUGCAAUUUUAAGUCAUUGGGUAAAAUAAUUUCGCGGUUUCCAUCCGUGCUUCAGUGCCCACGUUUUGUCUUGAUUUUUUUUUUCUUGGAAAGACAUAUUAAAGGUUAACUUGAAGUGAAAUGAAUUUCCUUCAGAGUAGCCUGUUAACAAAGCAAACCUUGAGGUUUCAUCCAGCGGGGUAAGCAGACUCCAUGCCUUGCUCUCAUGCCCGUGUUCUGAUUGGCUGUGUACCUGAGCACAGGUGAUUGGAAUUGCACCCCCCAGAUCCAUAAGCUCCAUUUUCACACGGUAGGCCGAAAGGAUGACUUCUGCCACCAAGAUGAAGACGCUUGACUAGCUUGCUCCAUUCAGAGGUAAAUUGGAAAUUUUGUAGUUCGAUGCUUAAAAAUCUAAAUUUACAUAUGUUCGAAAAUGGAAUGGACAUUAAUAUAAAAUGUAUUUUAUGAAAAAAGUGUUUAGGCUUUGACCAGAUGCAUUUUGGUAUUAUUAUGCGAAUGUUCUCUGUUUAUAAAAAUUGAGCUGAGAUAAACUCAGCCAUUCCAUGCCGGGGAGAAAUCUGGUCUUAGUUCUGCCCCCAGGGGUUGGGGGGAACAUCGCUGUGUGUUUCUUAUUUUUGUGGCAAAACCCCAAAGAACUUUGCGAAUCAGAUUGUUUCCUCUAAAGCUUCGUUUUCUCUGAUUGUGCAUAUCCGCUCCAGUGCACGCUGACACACGUGCACACAUACACACACCCACCAGCGCUGUGGAUUCUCUGUUUGGCACUAGAGCUUGCUCACUGUGGAGCCUCACCUGGCUGGUCAGGGACACAGGCAGCCUGUGGUUCUCAUUAUGAAAGUGGUUCCCUGGCUAGACUCACAAACACACAAACGCACUGACUGGAGAGACUCUGUGGCCCCACGGGAGGAGCGGAGACCCAGGAGUCAGGAGAGAGGCCUGGCUUUAGUCCUGACUCUGCCGGUGACCUUGGGCCAGUCACUUUACUCACCUAAAGCAGGUGGUGUUUGCCUUCCUGCUUGAAACACUGCCCUUCCUUAACUGUCUUAUUGUGUGUGUGUAUCAAGAGCUACAUACAGUCAAGGAAACUCUUCAAGAAAUGCAAAGGAAAUACCUUAUUAUGAAUCUUCUUUGUGUUGGUCUGAGUGUUCACAGCCUCUUAGCCCCGAUGCUAAGGGGCUGAUGAGAUUCUUUUCCUUGGGUGAGAAGGUGAAGGAGGGCCCCCAGGAAUGUGGAAAACACACUUAUUCCAGUUGGCGUGCUUUGCUGUGGAAGGCAAGGGUUUUCCUGGUGCCCUGACAGACUGAGGCUUUGGCAGUAGAAUAUGUUUAACUUAACUGAGAAGGGGAAUUCACAUGAGGAAUAGCUGGGAGAGAGUGAAAGAUGAGUACUUUGUCGCCAUGUCAUCCAGGGAGAGAGAAAGAAGUAAUAGGAAGUGACUGAGUGUGUAUGCACAGUCAUGUGUGUGAGUGUGGGUGGGUGUGUGAAUAGGCGGAUGGUUGGUUGAUUAUUGAUCACUGUGGCCUAACUGUGAAGUCAUGCCCGUGAUAACAUUACAAAACCUGGAUCCCAGGUUUGAGUGAAUCACAGAAACACUUUUCUGAUGGUGAUACAGUUACUUUCCCUGCCUAAUAAUCAUACUGAAGAGACUUUGGGGAAUUGAAGAACAGAUUCUGGAGGGAGGUGAGACCCCCUAGUAUGCCUGUCAUCACCCUGGAGACCCCAGUGUCCACCCAAGUCUUCCAGGCUCCCAGCAGCACAUAGUGCUUUUCCCCCCAUGCCUAGAACAUGAAAAGUCUCUUAUUUAGGAGUUCUCCUUGUGUCCUGGUGCCAGAAUCAAGGUUUCCAGUGUCUGCAGGUGAAACCUCUCUCCUGCCACAGUCAGUGUCCACGUAGGAGCAGAAACCUUUCCCCAGCACAAGUAUAGCUCUAAAUACUGCUUCCGGUUCAUGAGAGCACAAAGUGUUUGCACCCAGAGGAGCUGUGAUGCUAGAGCAUUGUCAGAAUUUAUAUUUUAGAAAUCUUGCAUAUUAAAAUGUACAGGUGGGGAAUCUGUGGUAUGAAUAGACCUGAUUUCCCAUGGUUUGAGUGAAGACACCUAAGAAUAGGCAGGACUUAACCUGUGGUAGGAGGAGAUGAGUGAGGUGUUCAAUAGAAUGACAGAGUUAGGGUCUGACUCUUUAAAUAAAUAAAGCCAAGAGGCAGUUAUUCUAUAAAGUACAAGAGAACUAUUUUCCUGGCUAUCUCACCAGGGUCCUGCUUUCCUGAAAACGGACUGCUUGCCUGUUGAGAGGCAAGGCCUGAGUGAGGGGUGGCUUUGUGGCUUUAAAAAUCCACCCCCACCCCAGCCAAGGAGACAGUGGAUAUCCUGCAAAUUGGUGGAAUUCUGUUCCUCAUUAAACCACCAGCCUGAGAAGCCUGUAUUUCCAAAGUGCUGUCAGAUCUGAGAGGGGCCACUGAUCACCUGGCAGGCAGGAGAACCAAAAUUGACCUCGCUGUCAGCUGCAGAGAAGGGUCUGUAUCAGAAGUGUCCCUGCUGGCCAGAGGGCAGAGCCCACCUCCUCCACCAUGCUUCCGGAUUGUAGAAAGAGCACAAUUGAAACUCAAGUGGAUCCCAGAUCCAGCUUCCUUCUAGUGAGUGUUAACUUCAAAGAGAUGCCAUUGCCUGAUGGUGUAGUCUUCAGAGUACCAGAGAAGCCUCAAAUGUUUUGCAUUAAAAAUGAAUCCUCUUCCAUAAAGACACAAUCAGUUAUCUUGGUGAUAUUAGGUAUGAGGUGAAAGGCUGAAGUCUUCUGGAUUUUAUGCAGACUAAUUCUCAGACUUGCCAGAAUGCCAGUAGCCACUGGUAUCCGUGGCAACGUGGUGUCUGUGGUAAAAUAUAUUGCUAAAGCUCAUGUUCAUUGGGCAGGUUGUUAAUAAGAUGUCUUUGAUAUCUGUACUCACAUUUGGAUUACAAAAACAGAGGACCCGUGAGCAUUUCAUGUUGUAGAAAGUCCAUUUAAAGCAUGGUAUGGUUGAAUAGGCACAAGUAGUUAAAAGCAGGUGCCAGGCCACACACAGAUGAACAUUUAGUUUGCUGAGAACUGUGCAUUCAAGUUGUUCAGUACCACGGAGAAAGCUGACGGUCUGUUCUUUGUAAAAACUGCCUUUGCCUGUUUUUUCCUUUUGUUUUUGUUUCUUCAGAUUCAUUUUUUUUACUUUAAAUACCUUCUGAUAACUAGGCAGAUAAGAUACAGAGCAGUGCUUUGUAUCUCCUCAGCUUUUUAGAGGAGAGAGUAAACCAUCAGUUUUAGGGAAAACCUGAAACCAUCUGUGAACAGUCUUCAUUUGUGUAAGAGCGCAACGUUGAGCUAGCCGCAUCAGAAGCAAAAGCAAGGAAUGGUUUGGGGCUUUUGUUUUUUAGGUGAGAAAUGUUUCAUGCCGGGUGUGUAUGCUUUCUUUGCCUUUAUAUUUCUUUUUG